AGAGUCAGUCGUUGUGGUACGGACCGGAGACCGGCGCUGUCAGCACAAGCAAACUACAGCUCCCGACAGGCCCCGCGGCCCGUCCCUGCCCACGCAAACUACAGCUCCCGGCAGGCCCCGCGGCCCGUCCCCGCCCAAGCAAACUACAGCUCCCGGCAGGCCGCGCGGCCCAGCUCGGCCAAGCCCCUUCAGCCAAACCCUGAGACGGGGGGGCUCCGCUCCGGCCCUGUCACGUGACAGGGCGAAGUUGGCCCGUGCCGUGAGGGGUACGCUCGGCGCGGAAGCGGGACUCGGGCCCACGGCAGGGGGGAAACGGCGACUGGAGCGCGAUCCCCAAUAUGGCCUCAUCAUCAACACCUAAAUAUAAUUCAAACUCCUUGGAGAGCUCGUCAAUUAAAAGGACCCCAAAAGAUGGAACUAAAUGGGAACAAAAUGAGGAAAUACCUCGUCUACCAGGAGAAACUAGAGUCACAGACAAGGAAGUUAUCUACGUUUGUCCAUUUAAUGGUGCUGUUAAAGGAAGACUGUAUGUUACGAACUACAGACUAUACUUAAGAAGUGUGGAAAUAGAUCCAGUUGUGAUAUUGGAUGUUCCUCUGGGUGCAAUUGCAAGGAUUGAGAAAAUGGGAGGAGCUUCAAGUAGAGGAGAAAAUUCCUAUGGACUAGAUAUUACUUGUAAAGAUAUGAGAAAUCUACGGUUUGCACUGAAACAAGAAGGUCACAGCAGAAGAGAUAUAUUUGAAAUCCUUACAAAACAUGCUUUUCCACAGUCACAUAAUUUGCCUUUUUUUGCAUUUGUAAAUGAAGAAAAGUUUGCUGAAAAUGGUUGGAUGGUUUAUAAUCCAAUGUCUGAAUACAGGAGACAAGGACUGCCCAAUGAACAGUGGAGAGUAACUUUUAUCAAUGAACAUUAUGGACUAUGUGAUACAUAUCCAUCACUUUUGGUAGUCCCAUAUAAUGCCACAGAUGAUGAUCUCAAGAAAGUUGCUGCUUUUAGGUCCCGAAAUAGAAUUCCAGUGCUGUCAUGGAUUCAUCCAGAGAACCAAGCUGUUGUUAUGCGCUCCAGUCAGCCUCUUGUUGGUAUGAGUGGGAAAAGGAAUAAAGAUGACGAAAGGUAUCUUGAUAUUAUCAGGGAUGCUAAUGGACAGAUCUCAAAACUGACUAUCUAUGAUGCAAGACCCAGUGUAAAUGCAGUAGCUAACAAGGCCACUGGGGGAGGAUAUGAAGGCGAUGAUGCAUAUCCCAAUGCAGAACUCUUCUUCCUAGAUAUUCAUAAUAUUCAUGUCAUGAGGGAAUCUUUAAAAAAGUUGAAGGACAUUGUUUAUCCUAAUGUAGAAGAAUCGCACUGGCUAUCUAGUUUGGAAUCAACUCACUGGUUAGAACAUAUCAAGCUUGUCUUGACAGGAGCUAUUCAAGUGGCAGACAAGGUGUCUUCAGGGAAGAGCUCAGUAUUGGUGCACUGUAGUGAUGGUUGGGACCGAACAGCACAAUUAACUUCUCUAGCCAUGUUGAUGUUAGACAGCUACUACAGAACAAUUGUGGGUUUUGAAGUUCUGGUACAAAAGGAGUGGAUAAGCUUUGGACACAAAUUUGCAUCGAGAAUAGGCCAUGGUGAUAAAAACCAUGCUGAUGCUGAUAGAUCACCUAUCUUUCUGCAGUUCAUUGAUUGUGUGUGGCAAAUGUCUAAGCAGUUUCCAACAGCUUUUGAAUUCAAUGAACAAUUCUUGAUUACAAUUCUGGAUCAUUUGUAUAGCUGCCGAUUUGGUACUUUCUUGUACAGCUGUGAAUCUGUUAGAGAAAAAGAGAAAGUGACUGAGAGAACGUUGUCAACGUGGUCAUUGAUAAAUAGUGAAAAAGCAAAGCACACCAAUCCUUUUUAUACUAAAGAACUGAAUCGAGCACUCUAUCCAGUAGCCAGUAUGCGUCACUUGGAACUUUGGGUCAAUUAUUACAUUAGAUGGAAUCCAAGGAUUCGGCAGCAACAGCCAAAUCCAGUGGAGCAGCGUUACAUGGAGCUCCUAGCAUUGCGUGAUGACUACAUGAGAAGACUUGAAGAACUACAGAUCACAAAUAAUUCCAAGAUUUCCAAUUCAUCAACCUCAUCAGCAUCUCCCUCACAAAUGAUGUCCCAUGUGCAAACUCAUUUUUGAAGGAAAAAAUGUUUGAUUCUUUCUCUGAACAUUGUAACCAUAAGUGGUGCUUAAUGUAGAUCUAUAGUACAAAAAGGAAUAUUUGAAUGCCUUAUAUUGGACCUCUUCCUAACAUGAAAUUUUUUAGAUUAUCUCCAUAGUUGGAAGACUUGAAAGAGCAGUCUCUUCAGUUCAUUUGUGCCUUUCAGAACCUGUGGACAGGAAACAUGUUAUCCAACAUGGGAAACUUAUAUGGGAUGCGUUAGAAGUGUAUUUUGUAAAAGUUUGAUACAAUUAGAAAUAUGAUUUGAUUUUUUUUUCAUUAGUAUGCAUUAAUUUAUUGCAUCAUUAGGUCCUGAUCUUGCGAAGACAUAACGAUGUGCUUAAUCUUAUGCACUGUGAAUAGUGCCAUUGACUUCAGUGGGGCUAUUCACAGUGUAUAAAUGUAAGGAUGUGCAUAAGUCUUUGUGGCCUUAGGGGCCUUAGACUUUUUGAGGCAAAAAUGAGAGUUGUAUUAUCUUCUUGAACUUUCAAAAGCAAAGUGCUCAGAAAUAGAUUUUUUUUCUAGUAAACUGAAAACUACUCCAGUUUUUAUUGUUUAGAAUAAUUCCAAAUCUGAAGACUUUAGGUGACAAGAAACUUGUAAUUAACAAUUCAACUUGCUCAGUACGUAUCCAAAAACAAGAUAACUGUAUAAAAAGGCUAACUUCUAUAUCAUAGAUGACGAUUUUAGAAUAAAUGGAUGAGGACUGUGGUGGCUUUGGGAAAAAUAAGUUGCAAACUUUUUUUUUUUUUUAAAGUUAGCUGUGGAACACUACAUAUAUUUUUGACUCUCGGUUCAGUCAGCAAUAUUUUCUGGAUUUUUGCUUUCAUUAAUUUGCCAAAAAUAAAGAAUGGUUCUCAAGAAGACACGUAUAAAUCUAAAAAAUAGGAUCCACAAAGACAUUGCUUAAAUGUCUAACAGUAGCAAUAAGCUUAGCUUUUAUAUGUUUUCUAAAAUGAAACAUGCCUAUUCAGAGCAGCUCUUAUACCAAAAUAGUUUAAAAUUCUUCAGAUUAUGGGUAAUGAGUUGGGAACCUCUUAAAUUUGUAGCUAGUGUAUUUAAUCUAUUCCUUUAACAAAUUUAUUCUUUAUCAAGUAUUUAAAGGGAUUUCAGUGUAUAAGGUUUGCAGAUAAUAGAUUGUGCAUUGACUGAAUCUUUCAACGAACUUGGUUUGAAGUUAUUUCAGAGGCUUCUAGUGUUACAUUUAUAAUUUGCUCCUUUCAGGUAUUUUUUCAUUAGAAUUACAAGCACUUAAGGCAGCACAAACCUUGCUACUUGAUAUUUUAAUUCAUAUUUGCAUAUACUUGGAAGUUUUAAUGAUUUUCAGGCAAUUGAGUACAUUUUGCAGUAUAGGAUUUGUAAAGGACUGUUCAUAGAUAAUAUAGUUAUUUUAAAGGGAUUGUUUGACACUUGAGGCUUCUACCUUUGUAAAUUAUUGUACAUGUAAGUUUUGAUCUACAAAAUGUAACAGCAAAAUACAAUAGGAUAUGUAUAAAUUAAGUUUGUGUAAGUAUAUAAAAUAUAGUUUAUUAGAAAUUCUCCAGUUUUUGUAAAGUGUAAAUAUUUGGGUACAAAAGCUAAAUUUAAAGCAUAGAGUUCCAUAAAAAUCAGAUAGUUUAGAGAACAUUGGAACAUUUUAGAAAUAGUAUUUUGCAUAGAAAUAAAAAAGCACCUCUUAAUUUGAUACAGUAAAUAUUAUGCUAAGAAAAUUGCACUGUUUUUUCAGGGAAAUUCAGAAUACUGCUUGUAUUGUGUGUGUUCUAAGGACAUAUGGCUUACCUCCACUUAUAUUUGUCCUCUCAAUUUUACUCUCCCCUGAAUCUGUCUUUUAUAUAUUAUUCAGCAUAUGUAUCUGGAGCAGCAGCUUUGAGUUCCCCUCCCCCCAAGAUCUUAGCAUGUUAAGAUAAAUUGGGUGCAGUACAUCUAAUGAACAAGGAAGCUCAAAUUCAUGGCUACUUAUCCCUUUGGCAGAGUAUAACUUAAAAUUUAAAAACUAUGCAGAUUCUGAUGUAAUUGCCUUCUAUUUGUAUAUGGUUUAUAAAAAACUAGUUUUUUAUUACAGUUUUUGAGAAUUGUAGUAGUUGGAUCAAACACACAGUAGAAUCUUUUUCAGCAGUAUGCAGGAGGAGUUAAGAAAAUCUAGUUUUUACUUUGUAAACACUAAAUGAUAAACCUAUUGUUUGGGAAAGUUUAAUACAGUGAAAAGGAUUUAAUGCACUUGUUUCAUUACAUAUAUACAAUUCAUUUAUAUUGCCAAUACAGUUGAUACUGCAUUUUUUAUGUAGUUAGAGCUGAAAAUCAUUCUUUGAAAACCUCUAACUUAGCUAUGUGUUCACUUGGAUUCUUUCUCAAGACAAUGAUUUAGAAUAAAACCCUUGUUUUUAAUUCUAUUAAAAUAGUAAUUUUAAAUACAAAAAAGAACCUUUCUAAUUCUUUAAGCUUCUAUUUGUUGUAGGAUGCUAACCUUUUAAUCUUAACGUGACCAUGGAUAUAGGUGUGAAAACUAUUAUCAUUAUUAAUACACAGCUUUUUCUGUU